AUGGCGCUACGAGCGUCUCAUCACCUCAAUAUCCAAUCGUUUGCAUGGCUCGUUGGCCGUCUUCUCGAUUCAGCGAUAGAAAUUCCCGCAGCUCCUCCGUCGCUCCGCGUCGGCAUGUCGUUGCCACUCAACGACACCACUCCCGCCAAUGCUGUCCAUGUAUCUUUUCGACUCAACCAUUUGCCACAGAGGAACGCUGCUCGGCGUGGUAUUCCUCUGUCUCAGUUCAUCGACGAAUAUCCUCAACCCGAGACGCAGUUGGUACGUCGUCGAGGUUCCAAUCGGCGCCACGAUCGCCCAUGCUACCUCACACUACACCUCUCUACCACGAGCCUCUAUGCCAUUGUCGGCAUUGACUGUGGAAGCACCAACCCCGCAAACUUUCCAUCAUGCUCGAGCCCAUUCCGCUCUCUCAACAACAUCCACUUCAAUUUCCCGUCGUCCGCGCCGCACGAUUGCCCUGACCAUGAUCGCACCUCUCACAACGAUACGGACCCUCUCAGCUUCACAGUAGAAGCAACUGGGAUUCACGGUCUUACCUCCACAAACUCCGUCGCGCAGGGUAAUUCGAUAACAAUAAAAAACGUGCAUCGCAAUGUCCUCGUCAAUCUCCCUGGUCUCCAUGGUGUCAGCCUUAACAUCAACUUCAUCUCUGGUGAUAGGUAUCACGGUGCUAUCUACGGCGGAAAUGUCGUGGAAGGAACAAUGUCAACAUCUUUCGCAUAUCGAGCCCUGUUGGUUCUCGUUCGCCUCGUUCGGCCUGGUCCCUGCCUCGUAGGGAUACCCCACUCCUGCAAGAACAAGCAGAAUCACAGGGAGGAGUCGGUCGCUGGGUACAGCAGCGAUCGCCCCGUCCUAGGCCAUAUUGAAAUACGAAUGCAGAGUCAUACGCCUCAAUCCUCCUUCAGGACAGACGAAUAA